AUGGCCUCAGAUACAAAUGAACUGUUUCCUAUACCUGCAUACUGCAAAACAAUAGUUGGAUCAGAAGAUGGAACCAUUGAAGACAGUCCUUUACAGAAAUUGGAAAUUUCUAAUCCUGCUAGAAUAUUACAACUUUGUGAGGGCCUUACUGAUAGAACAACAAAAAAACUUGAAAUCAAAAUUAACAAAUAUUUGCAAGCUGAAACUGAUGCUUCUAGUGUUUUCAUGAUAAAUCUUCUGACAGUAUCUGAAGAGGCUAUGGUCCAAGUGGUUGGAGAUAAUAUCUUAGAGACAAGCAUUCGUACACCUCUUUCUGAAGACACCAUCAGUGACAUUGUAGAGUACAAGGAUAAUAGUCUGAAAUGUGCUGAGAAGCUUGAUCCAAAACUGCAAACUUUGAUCAAUGAGAUUGUUACAAAAGAUACAGGGGAUCUGAACAUUGUGCCUAUUGUUGCCAAAGAAAGAAGAGCCAACAUACCCAAGAAGACGAUAGUAAGCCCCGUGUACCUCGUGUGUUUCGUGAACUCCUCCAAGGACAACAGGUACAUAACGACGCUGGUCCAUGAGACGUUCAAGUACUGUCUCGCCCUCCUCCUCAACACGCGAGAGUGCGAGGAGGAGCGCCGGCUGAAGCAGCAAUGUCAGUCGCUGUUGGCCGUCGCCAGGAAGCUCUUCUCGCAUUUGGGCGAUCUCAAUGAUCUGCUGAAGGAGAUCAUGUCCGAGGCGAGGCGGUUAACCAACGCCGAGAGGUGCAGUCUGUUCUUAUUGGAUCCUGACCAUAUGCACCUUGUUGCCAAAGUUUUUGACGGUAUGAGUCCCGCUGAGAAGAAUACUGAGGUUCGAAUAGCUAAAGAUCAAGGAAUCGCAGGUCACGUCGCCGCUACCGGCACCAUCCUCAACAUCAAGAACGCCUACAAACACCCGCUUUUCUACAAGGGCAUCGACGAGGCCACAGGCUUCAAAACGCGUAAUAUCCUCUGUUUCCCCAUUCGCGACGAGGACACGAUAGUAGGCGUCGCCCAGCUGUGUAACAAAAUGGACGGGCACUUUGAUUACUUCGACGAGCAGGUGGCGAACGCGUUUAGUAUCUAUUGCGGCAUUUCGAUCAUGCACAGUUUGGUGUACAAGAGGAUACAGGACGCGCAGGCCAGGAGCCAGUUGUCCAACGAACUGAUGAUGUAUCACAUGCAGGUUAGCGACCAGGACGUAGCCGACGUGGUCACGUGCCCCAACUCGCACGACCUGCCGAACUUCGAGAGCUUCUCCUUCGUGCCGCGCAGGGUGUUCCACAGGGAGACACCCUGCUUCGUCCUCGAGAUGUUCGAGCGCUUGGAUCUGAUCGACCAUUUCCGUAUCAAGCGCGACACCCUGGCUCGGUUCAUUCUCUAUGCCAGGAAAGGGUACCGGGAUGUGCCUUAUCACAAUUGGCAGCACGCCUUUUCGGUGGCCCAUUUCGCGUUUUUGUGCUUGAGGAAUUUCCAGCUGGUCGAAAAGGGAUAUUUGUCAAAAUUAGAGGCCUUAGCAUACCUUAUAUCGUGUCUGUGCCAUGACAUAGACCACAGGGGCACUACCAACGCCUUCCAACAACAAUCGAACAGCGUACUGGCCAGUCUCUAUUCCAGCGAAGGAUCUGUCAUGGAGAGACACCAUCUCUCACAGACCAUUUGUACCCUCAAUACGGAAGGUUGUAACUUCUUAGAGUCUCUCAGCAGGGAAGAUUAUAUCAAGUGCUUAGAUCUGAUAAAAAAUAUGAUUCUCGCUACCGAUCUGGCUAUUCAUUACAAGCUACAUUCUAGACAAUUGGCAAUGGCACAGGAAGGCUUCACCAGAUCGAAUCCGGAACAUCGAUAUUAUUUGUGUAGUUUAUUGAUGACUUGUGCAGAUCUGUCGGAUCAAACGAAGGAUUGGCCUGAAACAAAGAAAGUAGCCCAACUGAUCUACACGGAAUUUUUCAUGCAGGGCGAUUUGGAGAGAAAAAUGGGCAAACAGCCAGUAGAUAUGAUGAACAGAGAAAAAGCAUCUAUACCAGAUCAUCAGCUGGAAUUCUUGACUGAAUGUUGUAUCUGUAUAUUUAGAAUUUUGUCAACGAUAUUUCCUUCUGCUAAAACGUUGGUGGAUUCGAUAACACGGAACAUAAUAGCUUGGGAAUCCUCGAAGAAUGUCUUCGACAAACUGAGAGUUGAAGGUUGUACGUCAUACGACGUUUUGAUCAGCGAGGAAUUGGAAAGACAAGUUCAAGCAACGUUGGAGUGUAUGCAAGAUCCCUAA